UAUUGGUAACCGUUGUGUCAACAGAAAAAGUAUAAAUGUUUACAAAUGGCAUCUGGCGACAAAUUCAAAGUCGUGAAUUGGAUUUGCGUUAAACACAAUUUUAAUUAUUAUAUUAGUGUUUUUAACACAGUUUAGUGAUGGGUAACUGUUGGGCGAUAUUUCGUCGUCGUAGAUUACGUCGUCAUAUAGUUUUAAUACUUAUUGGUUUGGACAACGCGGGUAAAACUAAAACAGUGAAUAAUUUAGCCGGAGAAAAGGAUGAUAAAGUUUUGCCUACGGUUGGUUUUAAAGCUGUUAAUCUAAUACAUAAAGAUACACCUGUGACGAUAUACGAUUUAGGCGGCGGGCCGCAGUUUCGUCAAAUAUGGAGUCAAUAUUACAGCGAAGUGCACGGAAUCAUUUUUGUUAUCGACUCGAGUGAUUUUCAACGGUUAGAAGAAUGCAAAGCGGUGCUCGAAGAAGUAUUAUCACACGAUCGAAUAUCAGGUAAGCCAGUACUGGUACUGGCCAACAAACAGGAUAAAGACGGCGCUCUUGACGACAUCGAUGUUGUGGAGAAACUCAACAUUGAACCACUCGUCAACAAGUACAGAUGUCCGACAUUGGUAGAAUCCUACACAGCUUAUUUAACAGAUACAAAAUCUAAUAAACCUAAAAUCGAUCCCGGUUUACGUAAAGGCUACCAUUGGCUCCUAAACUAUAUCGUCCGUAGAUACGGCGAUAUAAAUUUACGUGUACAAACAGACAUACAUGCGGACUUAGAGAGACGUAAACGAUUACUAAACAGGGCUGCCAAUCGAACUUCCCAGACGUUUACAGCUGAAAGUGAUGAUGUAGCGACGCAAACAGGUUUUGAAAACCCUAAUUUCGAUCCACAUAAUACUGUUGAUAGAGAGAAAGAUCUAGAAAGGGGUGUUAUUGUUGUUAAGCCGAUUGGAGUUAAACCGAACAGUUUAGAUACAACAAUAACUAUAGAAAGUGUUGAAGAUACGGAUACAAGUGGUAAACCGAAGUUAUCUCCAUUAUUCGGACGUAGUAAUAGUACGGUUAAUGAGGCUGUCAGAAUAGAAUUAGAGCCGAGAAAUGAAUUCAGGAAAUUGUCACCGAUUGUACGAAAGAACGCUGGGUCGCAGCCGUUCGAUUUUAAGAAUAGACCCCAUUCUAGUCCGACGACGAAGAAAAUCAAGGAUAGUCAAAGUACAGUAUCAAAUUCAUUUAUCCAAGAGGAUGAUGUUAAAGAAGAUUUGGACCCCAAGUUCUCUGGUGGCAGUAAAACUUGGGAUGCUGGACUGAAGCACCGCGUAUUCGUCAAAGAUGUAGAACUAUCACAGAUGCAUCGAGAAAUUGUGCUGACUGAGAGAGAAGGUCAGGUGAAAACCGCGUCAUCAGAUAUCGUAACAGCAGCGACGUUACCACUCAGUGCUAGACCAGCUUCAGCCUCGCAGUUAGUGCGCAAACAGCUGGAGAUCUGCGCACAGCAAAAACGACGGCUCAGUCUUAGAUAUAUGCAACGUAACAAGACAAGUCCCGAGCGUAUGGCGGCGAUGUUGUACGAACCUAAGUCUCAAAGACAUCUCGAUAAAGGGGACUUCCAGCAACCAACAAUUAUUAACUAAAUAUGAUGUCGGUGUUGCAAUAAGAGAAGAAAAGGUUAAGAGAAUAUUGAUUGAAAUAUUUUCAGUAUAUUAGUUAAAACUGUAAAAAAAUAAGAUUUUAUUUCUA